AUGGAGAACUUGAUGCAAAGGUUCCCAGAGAAGAAGUAUGAUGCCACUAACUACAUUGAAAGCUGCUGCCUUUGCCUUUGGUGCCCCUGCAUGGGCUGGCAGUCGAAGACGCUGCACCUGGAGCAGGAGGAGGUGGUGGCCAAGACGAGGAACUGCUGCUGCACCAGCAACCAGCGCCGGCCCUACGCUCAACUGGGCUCCGUGGAGCUGCACGACACCUGCUGCGGGCUCUGCGUGGCCAUGAGCUCAGACCUGAACCCUGUGAAUGAGAAAGGCGAGGGGGGCAUCCGACCCUUCUUCGGCACUGACCGGACCUACACCGAGGAGCUUUGCAAUGAGCUCCGCGCGCGGAUGGAGGGCCGUGGCGAUACUGCUCAGCGCAAGCAGCAAACCUUCCUGAUGGAGUGGGUCACGAAGAUGACCGCCCAAAUGCCCCUGAUCCUAGCCAAGAAGGGCGUCCAGUGGCCGCCCAGCGAAGCGACGCUCUCAAAGCUUUUUACGGACAAGCCGCCUAUCAAGACCUUCGCAGAGCUUUAUGCCCCGGAGAUCGACCCCACGUUUGACACCCAGUCUUGGGACGUGGUUUGCUGCUGCGAACUUCUGAACUGCCUCAGCCGAACCAUCGAGCUGGGCCCGGACGAGGUGGUGAUCCGCACCGUGCGCGGCCUGGAUCGCGCCACCAUCAUUGAGCGCCGACCCUACGCGCAGAUCGACGACGUGCAGAAGGAGAACGCCUGCGGCUGUUGCGUGAACAUGAAAGCUGGGGAGCUCAUCAAGGAGCCGAUCAGCAAUGGUGCAGGGUGCGAUGACGCCACCAUCACAGCGAUGGUUGUCAACGAGCUCAAGAGACGUAUCGAAGUCCGGGGCAACAUCGGGCAGAUGAAGAAGCUGGAGUCAAUCAUGAAGAAGGUGGAUGACCUCCGAGUCCUCAUGGUGGUUCUGCAGGACGCUCUGGGGAUGGAGACGCAGUAUCCGCCCGGAGCCACUGCCCUCGCGGAGCUCUACGGUAAGACGCCGGAGCUGCCCGCCAUUAGGCCGCAUGCGAAGCCAUCAGAGGAGUUCCCGGUGAGGGAGUUUGAGGUCACAAACUCGUGCGAGUCCUUGUUCUGCUGCUGCACCCAGAAGGACAACAUGACCUUGGAGCCGGACAAGAUGGUUCUCAAGAAGACCAACUGCAUGGGCGAAUCCGUGAACAGCAUGCCUUACGCGCAGUUGCAGUCCGUGGAUGAGGGCCGCUGCUGUUAUUGCUGCCGCGGGGUAAAUGGCAUCAUCCCGGGCUGCGGGUGCGCCGGGGACAAGGUCGCGGACCUCGCGCAGGAGCUGCAGCAGCGCAAGUUGGGGCGCGGUGACGUGGCCCAGCUGAAGAACCAGGAGAACACCAUGCUCAACGCGGUUGAGCUGUCCGUGCGCACGAACACCGUCAUGACGAAGAGAGAAGGCGUCCAGUUUCCGCCCAGCCAGGAGAGACUAUGA